AUGUUGCUAUAUUUCCGAUUAUUUGGAUUGAUUAAAGGCAGUUACAUGGCUAGGAUAUGCGAAUUCGACAGCAAAUCCGCUCAUAUACAGCAUCUUAAAUCGAGAUUUUCGUCGUUCCUUUGA